AUGGACGGGAUCAUCUACCAGGGCCAGAACAUCUACGCAGCCGCGCUGAGCGGCGACUUCCCGCUCGUGGUGCUGCUCUGGGGCAUGGCUGCUGCACAGCAAGUGAGUCCGUUCACGCCCGACGCCAGCAUGAACUCAGCCGUGCACUUUGCGGCGCGGGCGUCGGCGCUGCGCCCGCACGUGACCGACAUCAUGGAUGCACCCAACAGCGCGGGCGAGACGCCGCUCAUCCGCGCGGCCCACGCCGGCCAAGUCGCGGCCGCCAAGGCGCUCGUGAGUUUUGGCUGCAACAUCCUCGCGCAGGACAUGAACGGUAACACGGCCGCGCACCAUGCGGCACACCAAGGCCAUUUGUGGACGCUGCACUAUUUAUUGGAAGCUCAGCCGUGCGACGUCGACCACGUGCUCGGCGGCCAGUGCUUGAUGCAGCGCGAUAUCUUGCACUGGGCGAUUGACGGCGGCGACACCACAGUGCUGCAGUACAUUCUCGACCGCGGCUACGACCCCAACGUGCCCGACUACGAGGGCCGCACCGCACUGCACCAUGCCAUCUUGGACGGCAACAAGCCGCUGAUCCAGCUCCUCCUCGCAUAUGGCGCCAAGAGUGACACGAGCGACGAGCGCGGGCUUACGGCCAUCUCGACCGCCAACAACCUCCACCGGAACACGAUUGUCAAUAUGAUCUUGACGCCGACGCUGCCCGCGCACAAGGCCUUUGCGAUGCCCCGGACGACGCGGUUUUGGGUGCUCUUGAUCUACAGCAUUCUUUGGUGUGGCUGCUUGUCGCUGAGCUUGGUUGUACCGUGGUACGCGUUCUUCCCGCUGCUGCUGCUCGCGAUCUACCUCUCGAUGAAAACGCUCGCCAUGUCCAACCACAAACACACCAAGGGCCAUAACCAUGGCCGCAAGAAGACGUCGACGAUUUCGCCCAGCGUCCCGCUCCACUCGGACCAGCGACAUGGCUCUGUUAGCGGCAUUCAGUUUACAGAGCAAGAACGCCGCGUCCUCGACGACGAGGCUGCCCACGCGCAGGUCACGUGCGGCGCCCGCAUCCGAAAGGUGUGGAGCCUUGUGGCCGCCCAGCCAGAGCUCGCGAUCGGCCUCUGGUUUGGGUGGAUGUUGGCCUUCACGGGUUGCCUGGCGUACAUCAUGUACCGCGAUUACUAUAGCUCGACACCAUCCCAGUUCGACUGGUGGACCCCCAAGUUGCCGCUGGUGUUCGUCUUGGGUGCUGUCGAAGCGACCUGUCUCGUGGUGUGGCUCGUGCUGGUCGUCAGCGAUGCUGGCCACGUCAACACAUCACACGAAGACCUCCCCAAGAUGCUCUCUCAGGCGGCAUCGGGUGUCGCGCCCGUGGCGACGGAGCACUGUACCACGUGCAUGGUGGCCAAGCCGAUUCGGUCCAAGCACUGUGCGCUCUGUGGCAUCUGCGUCGGGCGCAUGGACCACCACUGUGUCUGGGUCAACAAGUGCAUUGGCUUCCAGAAUCACCGCGUCUUUGUGCUGUUUUUGUCGACGCAACUCGUCACAAUCGCCCUCUACUUGGUGCUCUUCGUGCUCUAUUUGCGCAAGGACGAUGCGUUUCUCGAGUCCCUCUUGCAAACGUCACUUCCCGAGAUGGUGGUUGUCGUAUGGGCGACGCUCUGCUGCUUGGGGCUCGCCAACCUCCUCCGCACGCAGAUUGUUGGCAUUACACGAAACGUGACGGUGAACGAGUCGAUCAACUGGAAGCGGUACCCGUACCUCAAGGCCCAUGGCAGCAACAAACGGACCAACCCCUUCGAUCGAGGCGUCGGCGCCAACGUCGCAGAAUUUUCUCGCACUCGGUCGACUACUUGACGCUCCGAGAAGCGCCUCGUGCCAAAAUGCUCUCAGGAGACGACACGGCAGUGAAAUCCGUGUAGUCGCAUCCGGUUGCGCGAUGGCCAAUCGCAGAAGAAGGGACAUGGAAACGAGAUAGUCGCCAAGGAUAUAAUACAGCGUAGACUUGAAUACAAGCAGGGUUAUACA